CACACAGGUUUUGCGGUAUAAUAAUUACAGGUGUAAUUAAAGCGAUACCAUAAAAUUGUAAAGUCCAUGCAAUGAUCCAAAGUCCAAAGUAUUACACUGUGGUGACAAAAAUUGUGCCUCGCAGUCUUCUGUGCUGUCGUCGGACACUAUGCUGAGGUUCGAGAUGUCUCCCCUCUCAGAGAAAAACAGUGACCAUGUGCUGCAACAUGCUGGGAGCAUUGCACUGGCUGUCAUUGCUCAGGUGAUCUCAGACAUCUUCUUUAGCCUGACAAAGGACAGCUGCGUGCCCAAUGCUUUGUUUCAGACCUCAUCUAGGAAUGUGUCUAACACCUUCCCCCUGGAGGUGACUAUGGACUGGUGGUCAGACAGUUUCUGGAUCAUGAUUGACUUUUGGUCUAAGGCUUGGCUCUUGGUUGCAGUGGUCAGCCUUUUUAAAAGAAAUGUCCUCGGUCCUGAGUCUUGCAAUCCAGAAAUCCACCCUCCAGUAUUUUAUCUGAUGUGGACCAUGAUUAACAUCACAAGAAUGUGCAGCAUGUUUCUGUGGGACAGAUACGAUAUACUUGGAGCCAUCAUACUCAGGUGGAUUCUGCCAUUCCUGAGCUUCUACAUGCUCUACAUGUCCUACUGUAACCUCAACAAACACAAAGCUUGGCUAGCCAUCAACAACCCUAGUGUGAUCUCUUGGACACGUUACCUGACCCAGAACGGCUUGGCAGUGUUUGCCUGGUGGUCUCUCUUUAAUGCUGUGGUGGGUCUUGGCAUAGUGCUCAAGUACAAGGCUGGCGUGCCGGACCCACUGGUCAGCACCAUCGUCCUCACCAUAGUCUCCUCGUUCACUAUAAUCUGGUUCAUCCUACAGAGCUUCCUGUUAAACAAGUACUUGCGCUACACAUUCAGCGUUUACGCCAUUCUCAUUCUGGGUCUGGGUGCAAUGUUCACCAGAAGCUAUCGUGUCCAUGACCUCGCUGCAAACACAGUCUACUGUGGGUUCCUCAUGCUCCUGAUGACCAUCAUGAGCUUGAUCCAUUUGAUCUCUGCAUGUUUGCACACAGACAAGUCAAGCAAGCCUCUUGCCAUGGAGCCCUAUCUGACAUUUGGGGGCUGUGAGACAGUGUGCCAACCUGAAGGCAACAUCAAACACAAACCCCAGAUGUGACGACAUCAAGAAAGCUGCCAAUUAAACCAUAGAACAAUAAAAACAACAACUUCUGCAUCAUGCAACGGUGAUAAUCUGCAAGUGUACACUUUACAUUAAUCACCAACAGGGGGCAGCAUAUACUCACUUCACACUGAGAAUGUGUCAUGACAACCAGAGCCCUGCUGUACCAGAAGAUGGCACAGUGGUUCAAGCUUUUAUAGGCAAAAUCUCUCUAUAUUGAGCAUAUAAUUCAAAACUUUUAUUAAUAAAGAAUAUUAUCAAGUGUGG